AUUUAUCGUUGAUGGAAGCAUAGUCAAAAAACAGCAUGAUGGUUAAUUAAUGUACCCUGAAUAAAGUACGCGUUCUCGCCAAAUACUGCUGCACAAAAAAACGAGGGAAGCGAGGCAUAAAAUUAGUUAGGGGAAUACCAAUAUGACGAAUGAAUCACUUGUGGGUGAGGAACAUGUUGUUAAUCAUAUUGCAAGUUAAGCACGACUAAAAAAUAUUUGAAAGGGCUUCUUUAAAGAUUUGGUCGUGUUAUUAUGUUUUUGUCGUCAGUUGUGCAAAUCAGCUUGCAGCGUCACUCUUCGAUCCUCUCGUUAAGCGUACGUAAUACUCUGAAAGAAAUUGAUCCCUCCUCGUUACUAUUUUUAUUAGUGAUUAGUUUGCUGAUGUGAUUGUGUAGUGGUAUUUAUUUAAUCUCUCGUCUAAAAUAAGUAAGAAAUAAGCCGAUUAGAUGGCAGCUCCACGAAAUGAGGCGGAAAAAAGUGCUCUGGAGAAGUUUCGAGUGACUACGAAAUACGAGGAGUUAAGUGACGGCGUUCUCAUGCGAUACUUGCGAGCCCGAGACUUGGACCUCACUCGAGCAGAGGAUGCAAUCACUUCAUCACUGGAAUGGAAAUUAAAUCGAAUUGAGAAACAGUCUUUCAGUUAUUGGAAACCUCCGCCAGAGUUUGAGUCCACAUUUAAAGUAUAUUUCACAGGUUUGGACGUCGAUGGUCGCGUAGUGUUGUAUAUUAAUUUCGACGAGUGGCUUCCGCUUCGACCGUUAUUUGAAAAAUACAAGCCAGCAGAAAUUGUAGUUUUCGCGUACCACGUCCUGGCCAAUAUUCACCGACAAAUUGCUCACUCCAAACAGCAACAGUUGGUCUGCAUUUGGGACAAUGCCGACAUUGGGUUCUCCAAAAUUUUUCACGAGGUGCAAAAUUGGGCCGAAAUUCAGACACUCCGAGAAGUAGUUCAGAUGAUGGACCUCAACUUUCCAGAAACAUUGUACAAGGCAUUCUUUAUCAACACUGCUCGUGCUGUCGUGUACGGAUUCAGCCUGAUCAAACCCUUCCUCCGCCCUUACACACUGGCCAAAAUUCUGAUUCACGGUUGCGACGAGUCUACCUGGAUGCCUCUCCUGCGAGAAUACCUGUCAGAUGACCUAAUUCCUGCAAAUCUUGGAGGAACUGCCGACUUGAAGAAAUCCCUCUACGACUAUGUGCGAUGAAUGACGAUGACCACAUACGUAGGUUGCAUUGACCAAAAUUCGCAAGGUUCCUGCUUCCCAUUAAUUGUUGUACUACUGCUCAUGCCCUGAAUACGAAAGUGUCAAUGCCAACACUGUCCACAACUCACAUUUCUUUAGAUAUACCCAAAUAAUUUAAUAUUUAUGGAUCGCAUGUUGUUCUUGUUGUUGUGAAGCGCAAAGAUGUAUAAUAAUAUAAUGAUGAGUGAUAAAGUGAUUCACGGUAAAUAUACACAUGACAUGAUAAACUUGA